UACAGCUGCACUUUAACCACCUUGGUAUACCUCGGCAAUAAAGAUCUUCAAAAAAUGUUGCCCGAAUCGUACGUCAUAAGCGUAUAGUAUUUCCUUUUUUAAAUUUAAUUAUAAGGCUGGAUAAGGUUGCUGAUUGGUUACUUCAAAUUGUACGAAUAUAUGUAUAAAUAAUAUAUGCGUAAUAAUAGAAGUAUAUUUAGUGUAAACAGGACAUGACCUUCAGUACAUUUAAAGGGAAAGAAUUUGGGCGAUAACGAUACUCUUGAGCCUUGGAUUUGUUUUCGUGUAAUUUCAUCAUGUAAGCUGAUAUCUUAGACUAGACCAGUAACUAUUGUGCUUCAAAUGUAGCAAAUUAGGAGAGAAACCAGAACACCGUGUCUAAGCGAGAUAGCAUCUGGACGCAGUUCGUGACCACGACAUAUGGAGCCUCUGAAACGGCUUCUUACAAGGGAACAUAACCUAGGAACAAGGAUUCAUCAUGCGUAUAUAUCAAGAACAGUAAGUUAUAUGGCGUAUUUACAUUUGUGACUGAUUAUUUGAUUGUUGUAACUAUAUACAUUCAUUUCAUCACCGUGUAUUAAUUUGCAGCUUUCAUUAUGUGCUCUUCUACAGUUCCACCACAUCAAGUACAUUCUUGCUUUCCAUAUAUUGCAGUAAUUUCGCUAGGAACUAGUUCAGAUAGCUUUUAAAUCUCAACUUUCUUUCUUGCAAUUAAACACCAUCAAGUGCGUACGCAAGUGUCGCAGUUGUCUGCAUAAUUUUACUAGGCAGUGUUUACUAUACUAUAGUAAGUAUUUGGAAAGGCAUGGUAUCACAGAAGACACUAUACCUAAGAGAUAUAAGUAUUAGAUAUAAGUAUUAAUUGUGUAUGUUAUUUAAAGCAAGAGUCAAAGUUAUUGGUAGUAUGCACUUAAGUCUUUAUUUUGGUUUGAAUGCAAAUUAUUUCAAAUCAUUCAUUUCUCACAGUAUAAACAAUGAUCAUACGAUAUUAUGAGACACAAAAAGCACGAACGUAUCAGGUAAAUUUAAUUUUCUACCAGAACACAGAACAGCCUGCACAGUACCCCAGACACAAAGCCUGGAACUUCAGUUGGUUAUAAAGAUAGUGAAGAGAACAAUAAUAUAUUUAUGCUAGUUUGAAUUUAUUGAUCGUAAUCAAUCAUCUUGGAUUCCUGAAUAGCAGUUUGUACAAUUAGUUAUUAGUAUGAUAGCCCUAUAAUAUGAAGGGUGAAUGUUUCAAGGCCAAGGGAUAAUUUUACUCUAAGUCGUGUAUAUAGUUAUAUCACACUGCAAUCGAAUGAUAUCGUGCAAGAGAUUAUUAGCUUGAGCUGUUGUACUUUCGCAUGCAAAUGAGGUUCUCAACAAACACAACAAUGUCAACAUUAGAUGAUUGAGUUUUUUAAUAGUUUCUUUGUUAUGAUAAUUUCGAUAAAGGAAUACUAUUUUAUAUCAUUGUAUAUUUCAAAACGUGACCGACUUAAUUAAACUACUAUACGUAUAUGGGAUAUAGUUUAUACGUGCAUGACGUUGUCUUUGCUGGCGGAAAACGUUUAUACCAGUUAUCAAUAUCACUCAUCGAAGAAUCACAGUAAAUACAUUAAAUCAGGAAUAAGGGCAAAAGGUGCCAAAAAUAAUAUUUCAGGAUCAAAAUUUGACUGUCGAAUUAGCAUUGAAUAUGAAUAUACCUGAAGUCAUAUUAUAUGAAUACAAGAAUGAAAGAAUAUUAUUUUUUCGGCGACCGACGAGUCAUGCUCGCAGGCUAAAAUGAAUGGCUGAUUUCACUUUUGAUCGAUCCAGUCGUACCAACUCAUUUGUACGUUUACAGCAGAUCGCUAACCGCAAACGAUCUGUUGACGACAAAAGUUAGCCGUUCGAAGUUGAGACAAUUUUUCAAAUUAAAAUUGAAGCACAAGUAGCCACUUAGCCGUGGAAAACCUGUAGAGCUUACCUUCAAAUGUGAUUUAAAGUUUGUCGUUUGUGAAAGUCCUUUCGUUUUGUUUACAUAUUUUGUUUCAAAAAAUUGAUAAUUCAAUUAAAAUUCCAAACUGUGGUACGAAAGGUAAAAUUAAGCUACUAAACACGAAAUGUAAAAUUAAGCUACUAAAACGAAAAUGUGGCUAUAAAACAAGCAAAUUUCAAAGCGCAGAUUUCAAGAAUCAUCUCCAGCCUGAUUGAGGAUAAAAUUUUCAAUAUUUCGAGCAGUUUUGGGGUUUGAGUGAAGUAAAUAUUAUAUUAAACGAAGGGUAAGCCAGUCCCAGUCUUUUCACGCAUGCGAAGAGCGCGGUCAAUCCGUCAAUCUGUAUUCUUGAAAACCGGCUUAAAAUUUACACAAAAAAGCUUUUUAACAACGCUCAAAGCUUUCUAUAAAUGCAUUUGAUUUAUUCAGGUAAAACUGCCUAGUAGACUUUACUUUCAGAUUUUUCUUAUUUUUUUCUAUAAUUGUUUAUUUAAAGAACAUGCUCGCUCCCUGAACUGGUCUCACGAGAGAAUCGCGAGGCAUAAACACGCGGGUCUUGGGGUCAGAUUUGGCUUCAGAUUUGGCUGAAGGUAGCGUUCAUGCAGUUGUAUUCAUGUCACUGUCCUUUUUCCACGUCACGUCAUGCACUCAUGCUUACCAAAUGCCAUCCCAAAAUUGAGCAAACCUGCCAAAACCAGCCGACUAUAAAGGGCUUUUUGUUGUAUUCAAGACGUUAUUGUGCUUAUGACAUCAGUGAGCUUAAUUAAGCAAGCGACGUUUUUGUCAACACCGACGACGGUCAACAAUCAAGUUUAUCAAGUUGUCUUUUUUAAUAUGUAUAAUUUUAUUAAAAUAAAGCUAUAUAUACCACUAAUUGUUAAAUAUACUGAAAAUAAACUAAUCGUGCAUGCAGAUUAUGUGUUUGAACAUGUUGAAAAAGAGAAUACUGUAUGUAAACAAACACAAACAGAGUUACCAAUAUUGGUACAUAGAAUAUACAAAACAUAUAAUAAUAUAUUAAUUUUACAAAAAGACUAGAUUUAUAAUUGAUCAAAAUUUGUUAGGACAUCAAGCAAUACUUCAAUGUUCCCACGCAUUUGUCUUUCAUUGCAAUAACAUGCAUAAACAAGUCAUGAUUAUUAAAAGAAGAAAACGAGUGAUUUAUUUGGUUAAGCUUAUUAUCAUGUAUAGACCCGGAGCGAGGAGGAUUCGGCGGAAUAUUACCCGAAGUGAUGAUAUUUAGCCAUUCAGUAUCAUUACUGAGGGUAAUAUUUCGACGAAUCCCUCGAGCGGAGGGUCUAUAAAUUAUAUCUUAUACCGAAAGUUAAAGAACCCACUAAGUUCAGAAUAAACUUUAAAACUUGCUGACUGAGUUUUUGACGUUUUAUCUUUAAAAUAUUUGAGCAUGUAUCCUUUGGAUCAUUGAAGGUAACAUACGUCUUGAAAAUCUUUGGUUAAAUCAAUAAAUCUUCUGUACGAAAUUACAAACAGCCCGCGAACGCCAUAUUGUUUCAGAGCGUGGUGUCCACCAGUCCACGCGUCACGCGUGAGAUACUAUAAUAUCCCACAGUGGGAUCUACCGUGGGAUAUUAUAGCAUCUCACCCUGCAUUGCGAAAUCAUGAUUUGAGUGAAAUACCGUAAAAAAUCACAUUGUCACGUGGUCAAAUGCUGCUUUUUGAGUGGACAAUUUGAAUUUGAGGUAUAAUAUUAGCUAAAAUCCGCUCUGAGAUUAGUAAACCUUGUAUUAUAUUUUUGCACCGCAUUAAAUAGUGCAGUUCGUUUUCGACCUCCGGCGUUUAAAUCGCAUGCAAUGUUGACAAAUUCUUUUAUCGUACGGAACAUUGCUAUGUUUCAACAGCUAAUCUAUGUCUAUGAGCUGAUAUUUGAGCUGAAAUUCUGAGCUUUGUAUAACAGCUCGACGUAGUAAAUUUAACAUUACUAUAAUUUCAGGAAUAUAUAUUUUUCAAAUUCAAAAUUUAUUUUGAAUUUUUUGAAUCUAUAAGACGAAUUUUUUGAAUCUAUAAAACAAAUCAAAGUUCUUCCUAAAUCAUCUAAUUUUAACUUGCCUUGAUUUCCACCUUGUUGAAUCUGGUCUUUCUCGUAAUUUAUAUAAGUACUCUUUUAAUGUCAGAUACUUAAUUUCCAAAUACACGUGUUUCCUGUACUCUAGGCCAGUGAAGUUGAAGCAAAUUUACGAGAUAAAGCAAUGAGCUGGUUACGUGUGUUAAAUGAAAACUUCCGUCUACAGCCCGAAUCGUUCGUUUUAGCUGUUCAUAUAUUUGACAAGUUUUUGCUAACAACAAAGGUAAAGUAUAAUUAUGAAUUUGUAUCUCAUGUUUUCACCAGUAGGAAAAUUUUCAGGGACAUACUUCAGUUUUCAGUGCUAUCACACCCGUUUUCAAAAUUACGAGACCACCCCGUUUGUUUAUGAAUGUAGCUUUGUGAGCAUCUGUAUAUAAAUAAUUGGGAAUGACUCUCAAGACGUCUUAGAAUUUAGUGGAUGAAAGUAUUGGAAGUUUAGAAAACGGACAAAGUAAGGUGUUUAUUUUGUUAAUUGGAGUAAUUUUUCCUAUUUUCAUGCAUAUAGGUCAGAGUGAAGUAUUUGCGUUGUGUAGCCAUUACGGCUUAUUUCAUAUCCAUCAAAGCAGUCGAGGAAGACGAGGUAAAUCAUUUAAGAAUCCGUUUUGGUUCCCGAUUUGAAGUCAGGGGGGGGGGGAGGUGGUAAGUAAAAACGGCUGACACAUAAAUUACAUUGCAACUUGUUUUCUAAAAUGUAGCCUACGUCAAUCGAGCUGUAGUCUAUCACGUAGGCCAGCUAAAAGGCUGAUUGCAGUCGGUAGGGGGGAAUACUCCCAAAAGAUACGUUUGUUCACAACUAAAAUCUAUCAAAUUAAAAUACUGUUUGCCCACACUAUGGCGACCGUGGCGAGAUAAUUAGGUGGAAUAAUUCAUAAAACUAGUUCAUCCCAGGUGAGCUUCCCCACAAACCGGAUUCCUAUACAUAUGAACAGGCCCUAUAAAGCCUGCUGCACACGAGAGAAACUUGCUGAGCUGACCGCUUCGAGUGGUGGCUAGCUCGGCAUGUUUCUCUUGUGUGCGGAUAGUUUUCGUGAGGAUUUGACCUCUCGAGGCUUUGAGGAAAAUAUCUAUUGUGUUUGAUAUUUUUCAACUCGCAAGGAAAAUAUCUCAACGUGUGCGGAUGUUGUGAGCUUGGUGCUGAGCAGCUUGAAUUAACUAGCCAAUGAGAAUCCAUGGUUUCUUCACGUGACUUUGAUCAAAAUGAGGACAAUGGAGGGAAAUGCAAACGAUUUAAUCAACGACGUUGCUGUUGAGUAGUUUCCCAACGGCUUAAGGAAUAACAAAAGGCGAAAUAAAAGGCAUUUCCAAUAAAAAUAUAUCUUAUUUGGGUGAACCAAGUAGGUUAUGAGAGCAAAUUACUAAAAUUUGUAUUGUAUUAUUAUUGUAGUUUCUAUAGUUUUCGAUAAAUACCAUGUCUCUUUCAAACUGGUAACCGACGAUACCCAAACUACCAUAAUUAUCCGAUUUCUUGUCAUCUUCAAAAUGCGUAUAAAGUACUUUGUUCAAUUUCUUAUAGAAUAUCCCUGUCGUUGGUGUGGUGUUGGAGGCCAGCCAAUGCGGAUGCUCGAAAUCAGAUAUACUAAAAAUGGAAUUAAUUAUAUUGAAAACAAUUGACUGGAAAGUAUACGUCGCAACGCCCAUGAUAUUUUUACAACACGUAAGUUUCCCCUCAUGUCUUCACGGACGGUUAACUGAGUGAAAAUUUAGUUAAUUUACCAUAGACACUUCCCGAACUUGCUUGAGUGCACAUGAAACAAUAGUUAAAAAUCGAGGCGGACAGUGUAAUAAUUCGGGAAUGUCUAUUGAUCGAAAAUACAAAACGCACGUGAUGCCUAAAAUAGAUGAUGAGUUAUAUCCAGACCUAUAGCUUGUUUUCUAAAACGUACAUGCAUCAAAAGCUAACGCUUUCGUAAGGAGGAUUGGGAGACGAUGCACUUGAGCGCCAAAAGAUUAGAAUCGUCCAGUAUACGAGAUUCUUGGGAUUUCGAAAAUCCCGUAGGAUUUUUCUGGAUUAUUUUCCAAUUUUUUUUAAAAAAAUUUCCGAAUUUUUAAUGGUGUUUAAAAAUUAAAAUGGUGUUUUUGAUGGUGUUUUUAAUGGUGGUUUUUUUUUUAAUUUUUAAUUUUUAAUGGUGUUUUUUUUAUUUUUUUCGGAAUUUUUAUUUAUUUUUUUUAUUUUUAUUUUCGGAAUUUUUUGAACAGACUUUUUAAGUGUUUUAAGGAUUUUUUAAGGUGUAAAGUAUGAGUUGUUUGGGAGUGAUAGAUCUCUUGAGAAUCGUAGCGAGUAUAUAUACCAAAGCAUGCUAUACAGUAUACUAUAUCGCAAUUUGAAACUAUUCUUCAUGAAAUCUCUUUUAGGCUUUGGAAGUGUUAAAUCAGCAGCAGUUGAAUAUGCAACUGAUCGUGAAUUAUAUUUAAAAUAUGCUGGUGUAUAAUCAUGGAUUUUUUGUCUCAAUAUAUAGUUCUAUCAGAUGCUUUUCACAGCCUAUCGAUCGGACAUUAAAAAUAUUUCGGAAACAUUGCUCGUUGAAGCUGAAGGAACGAUACAAGAGUGUAUGUGUAAAUGGCAACUGACCAAAUUUAAGGUACAUAUGAAGAUCUAGAUAGUUUAUUGCAAACAGAUUACAUCACAGUCCAUGUGCAUGCAUGCAAGCUAAAUUGCAUAAUUAAACGGUACAUAACGUAUGCUAAUUUAUUUACAAAGUUAUAAAUUAAAAAUUAUAUUGAUAAAAUAAGAACUUCAAGUUAUUUAACAAUUAUUCGCCGAAGGCGAGGUGAUUAUUAGGGAAUAUUCGCCGAGACGAAGUCGAGGUGAAUAUUCCCCGAUAAUCACCGAGCCUGAGGCGAAUAAUUGUUUUAGUAUUUUUGCACAAGUUUUUUUGUGUUUUUUUUUCAGGUCUGAAUUCAUUUUAAUUUCGCUUAUUUCUUUAUCACUAACUUCAACAACGCGGCUAGCCGCCAUUUUGAAAAUUUCGAUUUUGUUAUAUUCACCUGAAGGUGAAUAUAACAGAUUAAUACGUCAAAUUUGACCAAUCACCUUGUAGGAUUUGUUAUGUUCACUUGUGCAAAAAUACUAAAAUGGUAUAAUGGUGAGAUGACCAAAACCCUCAUAUUCACCCAUAUACACCGCACAUUGGCAUCAUCUUAGUAUUUAUGCAUGAACUUGUCGUCAGAGCUCGACAGCUGUCUCUCUGUAGCUCAGGGGCCACCAGGGGCCACUUGUUCAAAGCUGGGUUAGCUUAACCCUAGGUUAACCUAAAAUUCAAAGCAAACUUUCCAACAGCCUGUUAAUAUUUCUUCAGAGAUCUUGUCUGAGUCAGUAGAAGUUUUCUUCUCUGAAGUUUUGAAAUCCGCUAGUCCACCGGCCCCAGUUGGUUAGAGCACUGCACCGGAAUCACAGGGCCACAGGUUCGAUUCGUUCCAGCGGGCCGAUAGUUGCAUUUUUCGCAACUAACUAUACUCCUGGUUAGGUAUAAUAAAUGUAUAUAAAAAAUUCCACUCUCAUUAGUGUAAUUGGUAAAUAUCAGCAGAGAUACUGGAGAGCUUCUAUAUACAACAUGCGUUUCAACUAAAAAUUACAGAAAAGAGCAAAAAAGUAUAGGAUUUACUCUUACUUGCAGCUGAUAGCUAAGCUGAAUUACGAAGGACGUAUAGCUCAACCUGAUCGAGUCGUUGACUCGUUGUCGAAAAUAGCAAAUUACAACUGAUUAUAUUUAGCCAAUGAAUUUUCUUCACUUGACAAGUGGACUGCAUGGCUGGUGAAAAAUAUAUUUGGGGCGCCUAAUCUAGUAUCGUAGACUAAUACGUUUACACACCACUAGCUGUCGAUACAUGGCAAAAUUAGUUAAUUGCCAAAACGUUACAAAUAUUCAUACACUUUUAAACGCAUAUUAGGAUCUUUCGGCAGCCUCCAUGAAUAUUGAUAACAUAAUAUUUUUGUUUCUAUCGAUCAGACCACACUUCACAGUGAUUAAAGUUUAAUCUAAUCUAAAUUUUGUCAAGAAAUCACGAAUUUGCCCUCGAUUUAUAAAAUUCUGACUUUGCACUGAAUGUCUUUAAUACCAGACGAAAAAAAUCAUUGCACGUGUUGCCACUUGUCUUGCAUCGGCAACGCGUUUAAAUUUAGCCCGUUGUGUUGCACGCGCGGUAAAAAAUUGCACGUGUAACCUAGGCAUUAUAUCUCAUGUCUGACUAUGGAGCACACCGACGGUGGAUGGGUCAUUUAUAGGGGCUGAUCCCAACCCAACCUGUCAACAUUCCCUGUGGGAAGAAACCGGAGUACCCGGAGAACUCACAAGUCUCGGUAGAGCGUUGACUGUAUGAUUCUAUUUACAUGCAUAAGUGCAUGCCAUGAGUUAGCCUGCAUGGCAGGCGGUCUAAGUUAUUUCCCAGGCUUGCCCAAUUUUAGGAACCGCCUGCCAUGCAGGCUAGCCAUGAGUCUGCAGUGCGAGAAUCGAGCCCGUGGGCGUGGUCUCAGAGGUGAAAGGCGCUUGCUCUGAUACGAGACUUGCCCAAUAUACAAAUAGUUUUACCAUGGACCUGAUUAUGCAACCUCGUUCCCAGGUGAUUAUGGAGUCCAACGAUAGUUUAUUCAUGCACAUCCAUGCACGACUGCAUGGGUAUAUUGUACAUUGUUUUGUUUUGUUUGAGGGAAACUCUUUUAAUCUCUCUUUUUUAAUUAUUUAAAGUGAAUUUUUUUUCCAGAGUUCGAUUCUGGCUUAUGCUGUUUUGGUUAGCAAAUUUCAAGGGAUUUUAGAUGAAACGCAGCUACAGAUUAUACAAGACGUAGUGAAGGUAUGCUAUAUUGUCCACAGAGAUAAAUUCACUCAGUUUUCCCUAUUUCAUUUACAUUAACUUUAUUCACAUAUUUGCUUUUAAUUAUACAUAUACUGCUUUGAUAAAUUUCUA